GGAUCAUCAGAGGCGUCGAAAUUUGCCUACAGCACUUUUCCAGCCUUACUGCGCUGCGAUGCACGGUCAACGGCAGCCACAAGACAACGCUGUUUCACAGAGGAGCGCGAGGAGUGCUUCAUUCUUUUGUGAAAGAAUAAAUGAAAAUUUGCAACUUCUUUCUUUAGAGCGUCCAAUAUUGCAGCCUCGUUUCUACUUGGUGCUCAAGCAGGAAGAACAAGACCACGCGACAGAGCAGGAUGUCGCACCUUUCUCCAAGGACUCUGUUGGUCUACACGCAGACCCUUGCUCAUGUUUAGACUCGAGCGGUUGCUCUUGGCGACUGCCCGCUUUUCGAUGUAGCGUGAAGCCAGUUGAGGAAGCCGAUAGGUAAGUCGUAUUGCUCGUCUAUCACAGUUAAAUAAGUUGCUCAGCAUCCCAAGACGCUUCCUGAGCUUGACAAGCUUUAUAAUCACUG